AUGGCCAAGCUUCACCAGUGGGAUUACCUCUUCGUCAUCGGGUUGUUGUUCGCCUCCCUGGACGCGUACAACAUCGGUGCCAAUGACGUUGCGAACUCCUGGGCUACAUCCGUCGCGUCCAAAUCACUCACGCUCCGACAGGCGUCAUUCCUAGCUGCCAUUUUUGAGUUUCUCGGUGCAGUCUUGGCGGGGUCCCAUGUGACAAGUACCAUUAAGAAUGGCAUUAUAGGUCUCGACGCAUUCAACGACAAUGCUGGCGUACAGCUCUUGACAUUCACAUGUGCCAUCACCGCUUCGGCUUCAUGGUUGAUGAUCGCUACACGGAAAUCUUGGCCCGUCUCCACUACUUACUCGAUCAUCUCUGCUUUGGCUGGUGCUGGGGUAGCGGUCAGUGGGUGGGAUUCUGUUCAAUGGGGAUGGAAUAAUGGCAAAGGUCUCGCUGCCAUCUUUGGUGGAAUGGCAAUCGCUCCUGCACUGGCUGGGGGGUUCGGUGCUGUCGUGUUCGGUAUCACAAAGUACGCGGUCUUGGUACGGAAGAAUUCGAUACAAAAGGCUCUAUAUAUCUCUCCAGUCUACUUCUUCACCAUUGCUGUCGUUCUUACCAUGUCCAUUGUCUACAAAGGAGCACCACAAUUGAACCUGGACGACUUGCCCCAGGUGACAAUCGCCCUUGCCAUCGUCCUGACCGGUCUCGUCAUUGCCCUCCUGUCGAUCCUCUUCUGGCUCCCCUUCGUCCAUGCAAAGGUUGUCAAGAAGGACUAUACCAUUCGAUGGUAUCACUUCUUCUACGGACCGCUGCUGUGGCGUCGAGCCGCACCGGAACUGCCCAGUGGUGGAGGACACGUACCAGAUUACAGAAUUCUGACGUCCGAGAGCUCCGAAACGGUCGUGAGCCCUGUCUAUUCUGGUCUGAGUAUCACUGAACCUGAUCUCGAGAGUAGUCUCGCCAUCUCCCCUCAGGACACUCUCGACACUGUUCGACCCCUGGAUGCGACUCAUGAGGCCCAAGGAGGUCAAACGAAGGAUCUGAAAUCCGUUCCAGACAUCGAGGGACCGUGGAUCUUGCCUAGAAACUUGUGGAUCAUUGUCAGGUAUAGACUCCCCAAAAUCCUGACACACGGUACAUCAAUUGAUAUCCAUGCUCUCCAAACACAUGGACAGGAUGAAGCUCAACAAGCGCGUCUCAGAAAGGUUCACGAGCAAUCUACCCAGUACUCGAACGAGACUGAGCACUUGUACUCAUUCCUGCAAGUCAUGACUGCUUGCACGAACUCCUUCGCCCAUGGUUCCAACGACACUGCCAAUGCCAUCGGUCCUUUCGCUGUCAUCUACUACGUCUGGUCGACCGGCAUGGCCACCGAGAAGAACACCGACACACCCGUGUGGCAAUUUGCCCUGUUGGGCGGGAUCCUUGUCAUCGGUCUCUUGACUUAUGGUUAUAACUGCAUGUCGGUCCUAGGUAACCGCUUGACGCUUCUUUCUCCGGCCAGAGGCAUGUCUGCCGAGCUCGGAUCAAGUAUCACCGUCCUCCUCGCAUCUCAAUAUGGUAUACCUGUAUCCACCACCAUGUGCAUCGUCGGCUCGACUGGUGGUGUAGGAAUAAUGUCAGGAGGACUCAGGGCGGUCAAUUGGAGAGCUUUUGGCUGGAUCUACCUUGGAUGGAUCAUCACCGUUCCCGUCGCUGCAGUACUCAGUGGAUGUCUUCUGGGUAUCAUCCUCAAUGCACCUCAUUGGUAG